AUGCCCACGAAAGCUGUGAAAGGUGUUGCUUCCACCUCCUUUGUCACUUCAGACACCAAGGUGUUUGAUGAAUGUGCCAAUUUUUAUAACAAGUUAGGGUUUAGAUUGGUGAAGAAUUACUCCAAGCUCUCCAACACUGCAUUGGCCACUGCGUCUGCCCUGGCACAAUCCAAGCUCCAUGUUGGAGUGUCGAACGACUCCCUCCGUGAACUCUGGUUAGAGUCCUUUCCCUUGCAGAAUGUUGAUGAGAAAGGUCAAUUGAUCCCCUGGCAGGAGUUGGACGUUUACCAUGGAGACGGUCUGAAGGCCCUCAGCCAUGGUGUCGUUUUAAAGCUCAGAUUGUCGAAUGAAGGCCAAUCGAUUAAGGCCGUUGCCAACCAAGAGUUAUUCUUCUUCACCGCUGAGUUGAAGAGGGUUACAGACAUCUUGACCAAAGAAUUGCUGACCGAAUUGAGGAACCAGCAGAGCAACCUUGUCACUGUGUUCGACCCUAUGGGCAACACUGUGCAUUUCACAUCCCAAGAAGACUUACCCAAUGGUAAGAGUUAUACCUCCGCCGAGCAAUAUCUUAAAGAUAGAACUGAAUUAUUGUUGGAUCUAAUUAAGAAGGAUGAACCUCAAACGUCAGAGAACGAUUCCACCAACCGCUGGUCUCUUAACCAAUCUAAGAAGAAGAAGAAGAAGAUUGCAGUGAUGACUUCUGGAGGUGAUGCUCCAGGGAUGAACUCUGCAGUGAGAGCUGUAGUGAGAACCGGGAUCUACUUAGGCUGCGAUGUAUUUGCUGUCUAUGAAGGCUACUCCGGUUUGGUUGAAGGUGGAAAAUUGUUGAAGAAAAUGGAAUGGAAUGAUGUUAGAUCUUACUUGUCCUUGGGGGGUACCGCCAUUGGUACUGCUCGUUGUAUGGAAUUUAGAGAAAGGGCCGGUAGAUUGACCAGUUGCUACAAUAUGAUUAUUAACGGUAUAGACGCACUUAUUGUUUGUGGAGGAGAUGGGUCCUUGACUGGUGCAGACUUAUUCCGUGAAGAGUGGCCAUCCUUGUGUGAGGAGUUGGUCCUGACUAAAAGAUUGACACAGGAGCAAGUUCUCCCGUAUCAGCAUUUAACCAUUGUGGGGUUGGUCGGUUCCAUUGAUAACGACAUGGCCUGCACUGAUACUACGAUUGGUGCUGCAUCUUCCUUGGCUAGAAUCACAGAAAUGGUUGAUUACAUAGAUGCUACUGCGACUUCUCAUUCUAGAGCAUUUGUGGUUGAAGUCAUGGGAAGACAUUGUGGCUGGUUGGGCCUUAUGUCUGGUAUAUCUUGUGGUGCUGAUUAUAUUUUCAUCCCAGAGAGACCCCCUAAAGCUGGUGAAUGGCAGGAAGACUUGAAGCAAGUUUGUCAAAGACAUAGAAAACAGGGAAACAGAAAGACCACCGUCAUUGUAGCUGAGGGAGCCAUCGACGAUGAUUUGAAUCCAAUUACAUCAGAAAUGGUAAAGGAUGUUCUUGUAGAAUUGGGACUUGACACAAGAAUUACUACUUUGGGGCAUGUUCAAAGAGGUGGUAGUGCCGUAGCUCAUGAUAGAAUGUUGGCUACUUUACAAGGUGUAGAUGCUGUUAGAGCUGUAUUGGAAAGCACUCCAGAGACUCCAUCCCCUAUGAUUGCAAUGUUGGAAAAUAAGAUUGUAAGAAGACCAUUGGUGGAAGCAGUUGAAUUGACAAAGUCGGUUGCUACAGCAAUUGAGCUGAAAGAUUUCGACAAGGCAAUUAAUUUAAGAGAUUCUUCAUUUUAUGAAGCUUACCAGCAAUUCUUGGCCAUUUCCAGGGGUGAUGACGGACUGGAUAUAUUACCAAAAGAAAAGCAAUUGAACAUUGGUAUUGUUCAUGUCGGAGCUUCGUCCUCUGCAUUGAAUGCCAGUACAAGAGCGGCUGCAUUGUACUGUUUAUCACACGGUCACAAAUUAUAUGGUAUAAUCAAUGGUUUCUCUGGGUUAAUAACCACAGGAGAAGUUAAAGAAUUGAAGUGGCUUGACGUAGUUGACUGGCAUAACAAGGGUGGCUCGGAAAUUGGUACCAAUAGAUCGUUACCUAGUGAAGAUUUCGGUAGUGUAGCCUUCUACUUACAAAAAUACCAGUUGAAUGGUUUAAUUGUGAUUGGAGGAUUCGAGAGUUUUACUGCAGUACAUGAAUUGGAUAGCAAUAGAUCCAAGUACCCAAUAUUCAAUAUACCAUUGGUUGUUAUACCUGCCACUGUUUCAAACAAUGUUCCAGGUACUGAGGACUCUUUGGGAGCUGAUACUUGUUUAAAUCAAUUAGUCAAUUAUUGUGAUGCGGUUAAGCAAUCUGCCUCCUCUUCAAGAAGAAGAGUGUUCGUUGUCGAGGUUCAAGGUGGCCACUCUGGUUACGUAGCUUCCUAUGCGGGAUUGGUAACUGGUUCAAUUGCUACUUACACUCCAGAGACAAAGAUCACCUUAAGAACUUUACAAGAAGAUAUUGAUUUAUUGUUUGAUGUCUUUGAGAAUGAUAGAGGUGAAGAUAAAAACGGUAAAAUGAUUAUCAGAAACGAACAGGCCCUGUCUGUGUAUAGCGCCGAAUUAAUUGCCGACAUAAUAAAGGAGCUGGCCAAAGGGCGUUUCGAAACCAGAACUGCCAUUCCUGGUCAUGUCCAGCAAGGUUUUACACCAUCAUCAUUAGAUAGAGUUCAAGCUGUAAGAUACUCAGUUAAGGCUGUCCAAUACAUUGAAGAGUGGAAUGACAAGAAAUACCAUGCACAGGAACUCUAUGGAGAAAAUAGAAUCCAUGAAUAUUCUGUGGAAACUGGCACUCCAUCUGCUGUGGUUAUUGGAAUUCAAGGUGCACAAAUUACCUUCACCCCAGUGAAAGAGCUUUACGAAAAUGAAGCUGAUAUCAAAUUAAGAAAGGGUACAGUGAUUCACUGGAAGGAUUUACAAAAGGCCAAUGAAAUGUUAAGUGGUAGACUUUUGUUGAGGGAUAGAAAGAAGAAGUUAACUAGUAGUUGA